AUGGACACCGCAGCCGCUAUCGCCAUAUCUUCCUUGGUAAUUGCAAUUUUAGCCUUAUGGGCAGCAAUUGCUCAGGUGAAUAUACAAGCCUCAGUCGAGGCGAGGAGGAAAGGAAAGACAGAUAAACUCGCUCUAGGGGAGUGGGCGAUAAAGUGGCCUCAGACAAAGGCCUUCGUUUUCAAAGCACUCAGUAUCAUCUACCUUCCAUCUCCAUUUGGCGAUCCCCAAGUCCUCGCAGUGCCAUUUAUCACUGUGGGUGCCCUAGAAGACUGUUUCAGACAUGAGCAAGCGAGAUCCAAACGGGGUGCCAUUGAAAGACGCAUAAAAAGGAGGCUCGUCAAGUCAGCAACCCAGGCCAUUACCACUGGCGGGGGGAGAUUCACUGGCCGCAUGUACGCUGUCCGUAGCACCACAAGGAAACGGUCCGAAGCUUGUUGGGCUGAUGCUAUGGACAUGUGUGGAAUUACUAGGAAGGACUGGCCACUCAUGACGGGAGCCAGCGCGUUGGCAUGUGAUGGUGCAAUACGACCGGCCAGCGCCGUUACCAACCUUCAUUCUCUCUGGGGAUUUGCUCGAGUCAUGGAUCUGAGGACUGUCGAAAUCAAAGGCACAAGGAUCACAAUGACAAACGGUGGAGCCUCCAUUUACCUUGAUCAGUACGCUGGUGUCGAUCGGCCAACAAAGCUGGCUCAUUUCAGCGGCUCGCCCAAUGGACGAUACAGCAUCGUGGAAGAAAUGUCGCAACACACUGGAGAAUCUAUCUAUGCAGAUGCAGUGUGGUCUGACGGUUUUGUGCCUCUGCCUUCGCGGCUAGAGCCAAAUCAUGCGGCAGUCGCGAUCAAAGCCGUGGGCAAACGGCGCGUAAUUUGGCCAAGCUCCAUAAAAGUGCCCAUGCUAGACCGUAACGACCCUGCGUCAGAUGAGAAGUUCUCGUCCUGGGCCAGUCAGUUCCUUGCCGACUACGGUAUCUGCCAAUUCAGUCCCAAUAGAGUCUCUUACGCUCAGCUGAUUGAGACUGACGAACCGGCUGUUAUAUCAUGCAUACGGACGUACCCAAGAGGCGAAUUAUCCCCCGAACAAGUCGAAGCCUCCGUUGCAGCACUUUCGUGGUGUAUGGAUCACUGGUGGCGAGAUCAAUACCAAAUGAGCCAGAGACAGCAGAACGAAAGCACCAUCCCUCGCCUCCCAAUUGCGGACAUCAAUCAAAUUAGCUCCGAGUUCGUCACCGGACGUGCGCAGGCUUGGAAAUGGUGUGAUGCCUUCAGAACUUCUAAAAGCGUGCAAGUCGAGUCGGACUGCUGGAAACACUGUGUGACGUAUGUGGAGCAGCAUAAGAGUGGCCACAAUACAAAAUCUACCUUGCGGCAUGGGGAGCGAGCCGUGCUCGUCAAGGUAUUUCAAACAUGGAAACUCUACACCACAUGCGAUAGACUGCAUAAGAGAGGAAAUCCAAGGGAUAUUGAUACAUCUGUAAGAGCGGCCGCAAUCUGCGAGAUCAUGCUGUUGUCCAUGGCUCUGCUUGCAAUUGCCACGGAUAGUUCGCAAAUUGGCUCCAGCGAAGUGAACAAAGCAUUGGAAAUUGAACUCAGUUAG